AUGGCUCUCUAUUCUUGUCAAUUACAGUUCAGAAUCAUGUUGACGUGCUGCAGAGAGUUUCACAUAUGUUUGUUGGAUUUAAGGGGUGCAACCUGCAAUUGCCGCCCUGAUUUAUUUGAUGGAGACAUUCUUGGAGUUAAAGAAAUGCUCGAGGAUGAGAGAAAUGGUAUACGACCCCAAAGUUACAGGUGGCCCAAUGGUGUAAUACCUUAUUAUAUACACACAGACAUUAAUGACGUAAAGAGGAGCCUCAUAAAUGACGCUAUCGCUUAUUAUCGUAGAAAAACCUGCAUAAGGUUUGUUCCGAGAACUGAUGAAGAUCAUUUCCUUUAUAUCCAUAAUGGAACUGGAUGUAACUCUCUUGUUGGAAGACAUACUUUUUAUAGACAACCGCAGCCCGUAUCACUCGCAGAUGGAUGCCAUUACAUUGGAACUAUAUUGCAUGAGCUGCUGCAUGCAAUUGGAUUCUUUCACGAACACCAAAGGAAUGACAGAGAUGACUACGUUGAGAUUCACUUAGAGAAUGUUGAUGAGGGAGAUAAAAGCAACUUUAUAAAAGUGACACCAACUUGGGGAAUUUUGUAUGAUAAAUUUGAUUAUAAGUCCAUCAUGGUUUAUGAGAGCACGGCAUGGUCUAACAAUGGCGAAAAAACCAUUGUACCUUUACAAGAAGGCAUUGUACUUAAGAGUGCCAGUACUAAAACGAAGCUGGCAAAAUCUGACAUAAGAAGAAUUAACAAAAUGUACCAUUGUCAAGUUUAAAUAUUGUUUAUUUUGUUGCACUUCUUACAAAAGAAAA